AUGGCUGAGCGAUUUGCAGUGUCUGGUUGUAAAAAUGCUCCAUGUCCAAAAAUCUACAAGGACGAUCAGAAGGUGCAGAAUAUAAUGUCAGGGCAGUUAGAUAACUUUUCAUUGCAACAGUAUGAUGUUUCCGAGCUGCCAUCUAAAUUCAAUGGCGAAAUGCUCACACAUGCCUAUGUUUUGUCGUCUGUCGAAGAAAUUGUCAGACUAGCGGGCACGCGAUAUGUCAGAGGCUAUGCUAAUGGCGGCAUAGAGUCUUGCUUUGUCACUCCUGCUCUGGCGACGGAAGACCAGCAUGGGCUAGAAUUGGCUCAUCUUCUUUUCAUCUCUGCAGAGUAUAUAAACAACAAACAAUAUGAUCAAGCAGCCAGGCUGUUGAUGCAGUGUCACGACUUCUCUUCGAAGUGGGGAAGCCCUAUUGAGAGGGUCUGCUAUUAUUUCUCCAGGGCGCUGCAGGAGAGAAUCGAACGACAGACCUGCGAGGAGUUAAGGAAUCCUGUAAAGCCAGCCCUCAAUUUUGUCAACAAUUUCUACAGUGGGUAUAAUAAAGCCGAAUUUAAUCAAGUGCUGGCAUUUUCUUAUAGAGCUGUCCCGUUUGUGAAACUGGUGCAACUAACAUCUGUGCAGGCAAUCUUAGACACCGUGGGAAAUGCUAACAAAAUUCAUGUGAUAGAUCUGGACAUUCGAAAUGGGAGUCAAUGGUCAGGUCUAAUACAGAGCCUUGCCCUGAGAAGUCCUUCCAGUUCGAUUAAGCUUCUGAGGAUCACAGCAAUUGGAAUGGAUGCGGGUGAUCUGAAAGAUAGCGGAAGACGACUACACGAGCUCGCUAAGUCCUUGGAGGUUCCAUUUUCGUACAGGAUGGUGCAGAUCUCAACUAUGGAGGAGAUUGAUGAGGGUAUGUUCAACGUUAAACCUGGGGAGGCUGUCGCAGUGUUUGCUCCCACUGUUUUCCAUAGGCUGUUAUAUAACCGGAGUCUUCUGGAGAGUGUUAUCGAUGUUAUAAAGAGAUUAAGGCCCCGGAUAAUGGUGAAUAUAGAGGUUGAAGCUGACAGCAAUUCUCCUUCAUUUGACAAGCGAUUCAUCGAUGUACUUUUCCACAGCAGCGCUUGUUUUGACGCCUUCGACGUGAUCAUGCCAGAUAGACGUGAUCCAGAAAGGGUCAAAUAUGAAGAAAUAUUCUGUGGAAGCCAGAUAAGGAAUAUGAUUGCCUGUGAGGGGAACGAUAGGAGAGUUAGACAUGUUAAACUUGAUGUUUGGAGAUGUUUCUUCAACCACAAGGGAUUGAAGGAGAUGAGCUUCAGCUAUCAAGCUUGGUAUCAGGCCAGGUUAUUGCUGAAAGGAUUAUCUCACGGUGAAUGUUAUAGUCUCGAGGCCAAUGGAGAUGCCCUAAUUAGUGGGUGGAAAACAACUCCACUAGUUGCGGUAUCUUUAUGGACUUGUGGCUGA